AUGAAGGAUAGGAAAAGUGUCGAGGGCAGUGGAGAAGCGAGUUCUAGAGCGCAGUGCCGCAUUCGGGGGCGCGGGGGGUUCUGCGGCCGCGUGGUGGCGGCAGUCAUGCCCAGAGCGCCGGCCCUCGUGCGCGCCGCGCUCCUCGCCGCUCUCGCCGCCAUCGUCGCAUGCGUAGAAGAAGAAUGCAUCGACUGGGAAGGAAAGUCGGUGCCUCACGGGCUGCUAUAUGUGCCUGGUCCCGGGGUGUGUUCCCUGUGUGUCUGUUACCACGCCGAGCCCAUGUGGUGCAAGGCCAUCUACUGUGAUCCGCCUUAUUUCUGCAAAAACUUCAGAGUGGGCGAAAGGUGCUGUGAGUUUGAAUGUCUAGACCCCCCCGGUGAAGACACCCGGUAUCGCGAGCGCCAGCGGCUGCGGGCCCUGAUCCUGGCAGGCAACUCCUCAGCUCACCACCUCACCCCCACCUUCAACCACUACAAGCUAUCAGGCAUCAGCCUUCUAGCCGUUGCCGUCUCCAGACUCGUAUGAGAACCGAACAAAUAGGCUAUAAAUAUAAAAAAAUAUUAAAAUAGUCUGGCAACAUUUUCUGUGAAAAUUUUGAAGGCUCAAAGGCCAGUAAUCUAAUGCUGUGAAUAUUUUUAAAAGUUGGAGCAUAAUGGCGGCAUUUUGAUUAAAAUUGCUGCAAAUAAACUUGCUCACGGACAGUGAAGAAAAUGUGUGAUUUAGUGACAAAUAAGCGACUAAUGGUCGGAAAACGUAAUAUGAAUUAGAUUUUGGUUAACUUAGUUCAAAUGGCGAAUAUGCUGACAUUAUUCUGUCUUCAUAACCACUGCUAUUUGCCUUUAUUGUGAACCGUUUCUGUCCGUAGGUAUUUGUAAUAUGAAUAAUGAAAUCGCAAAGAGAUCGCAAAUUAAUACCAAAUACAUACUACUUUUUCUUCUCAAAACUAUUUAUUGUGAUAAUGGAGGGUUAACAAGCGAGAAAGAAGAUAAUGGAGGUUUUUAGUUUUUCAUCAACAUUCAGACGAGUGCUUAGAAUUUAGAUAUUAAUUAAGACUUAAUAAACAAGCUAGUCUUUAAAACUAAUGGAAUUUCACGUACUUACAUUAAAUAGAAGUGUUCAAAUACUUAGUAUCCUCUAUAAUCGUGAUAUUUCCACCAAAGUAGGGAUAGAAAACUGACGAAUUUUACCUUUUUAAAUUUAAUCCAUUUCAAUAUUUAAUUUUAGUCUUACAUUUAAAUCAUCAAUAAAACACGAAAGUACUACGCAACUGUUAUCUACUAGUUAGAAUGGGUUCCGUUCCCGGCUUUUAAAAUAAUUCAUUUAAAAAAAAUAUUAUUUUUAAAAGGUGCACAUCUAUCGGAAAAAGUAAUUAUGUAACAGCUCUAUUUUAAACUGUAUAUGUCGGUCCAUGACAUUGAAUAAAUAAUUAUAGGGCUGCUUGGUCAAUCAACCGGAUGGGGUAUGGAGCGGUAUCCACCACGCUGCUCCACUGCGGGAUGGCGAAUAUGUUAUUACGGCUAGUAGCCGAGACCAAUAGGUACGGUCACGAGCAUUAAUAUGUAUACACUUUGGUACCAUGUCACAUUAACUUUUUUGACAAAUUGAACUGUAAGUCUCACUAAAUGUCAAAUAUGUUAGUGCGACAGAGUCCUAAAGUGGGUACAUUAUAUUGCUCAUGACUGUACUUAAGUACUAAAAAAGAAAAAGUUACAAUAAAAUUCAACGUUAAUUUCGUAUGCGGUUCGCAACAGUAAACGUCAACGACGGCAAUUUUCGUGUCAUUUUCAUAAUACAGAUGUCUGGUUUUUAUACCAAUAAGCAAGCACUGGUUCUUUUUCAUGUUAAAGUAUUUCAAUAUCGUAUUCAAGUUUAGUUUUUUUUAUAUAUAAAAGAAAUGACUGAUGUCAUUCCUCCAGUUCUCCCCGAGCCAUACUGAUGUUUUUUCUUGUUCUUUAUUCAGAGUUACUAAGUACCUCUUCUCCAAAUCUUGAUUUUCAGGUUAUAAAAUUAAGAAGCCUAUCUAGUUACGUAACGAAGAAUAACAUAUAUGGGGGAUAUAUGGUGGAGAGACCAGUAACAGAUUUCCCAAUUUUCUUAGUACGCUUUUUAAAAAAAUAUACUUAUAGUACAAAUAUUUAUUAAUAAUUUUUACGCCUUACACCUUCCUUUCAGUCGUGAACAGAAUAAUACGUAAGUAACAUAAACAAACUAUUAUAUAUAUUCCACUACUCUUAUUGUUCGGAGUUAUCCACCAUGCUCCACCAAAGUUGGUCGGUAGAAAUAGAGAAAUACACCGGACUCAAAAUAUAAAUGAUAAUUUUAUAAACUGUCCCGACCGGGAACCGAAAGUGAGACCUCUCUGAUGGCACUAAGCCAUAAUAAUUCUGUUUCAUAAUUGAAUAGUUUCCUAGGUCAAAAAUAAAUUGAUUUUACUAUUUAAUUUAUAGCCAAAUUUUAAUAGAGACGCAACAAUAUGUUCUUACGUAUCAUUUUUUUCCUAUGACGACACGGUGUACGUUUCCAUACAAAUUAAAUAGUAAUAUCUAGUUUUGACGUUAAGUAAAAAGUAACUGAUUUGAAUAGUUGGAAACAACCCAUUAUAAUACGUAGAGGUGCGAAAUAAAACCUAUUCUAACUACUAGUUAAAUAGUUGUAACUUAAAGACGACAAGAGACACCUACUUAAAAACAUUGCAUGUAAUUAUUUUGGUCCCUAUUAAUUUGAAAUCCCUCAUUACCCGUUUGUGCCACUAAUAUUUGAAGUUAGCAACAAUUUAAUAACAUUUUGGACCAAUUUUAAGUAACCACGUAGUCAAACCGUCUUUCUUUCGAAACCUUGUUUUGAUGUUAUGUGUUACUAGUGUAGAAAGUAAUAAAUUGAUCCAGUAGUUGAGUUCAUAAUUAUAUAAUAUGUAUAGUAACCUUAAAUCAGCCAUGUCAGGGGCCUUUGGCGGCUCAAUAGUAACCCUGACGCCAGGGUUGAUGAGGUUGGUACUCCACCUCACAACCCGCACGAUAGAAGACCUUAAAUAAUUAGACUGGUGUUGCCGAACUAUCGACAGUAAAUCCAAAAAAUCAGUUACCCU